ACUGAAUCCCCACAGUAGUGACAGUGUACUUCGCUCGCAGCAUAUCAAAUAUUCGUUAGCACAAGUUUCCAAGAAAAUUCUCUCCCCUCUGUAGAUUAAUCUCGUUUCCUUCUCCACCACUCCUCUUUCUCAAUCUCCGACACACAGUGAAAAAUCCGGAUUAAUCGGUGGAAAUAUGAUCGUGAAUUCGGAUAUUUCGGGCGAGGGGAAUGUUUUCCCACCGGGAUUCCGAUUCCACCCCACUGAUGAGGAGCUCGUGCUUUACUAUCUCAAGCGGAAGAUCUGCGGCCAGCGCCAUCUUCUCGACGUCAUCGCUGAGACCGAUGUAUACAAGUGGGAGCCCGAGGAGUUGCCUGGGCUUUCAAAAUUGAAAACAGGUGAUCGGCAAUGGUUCUUCUUCAGUCCAAGAGAUAGGAAAUACCCAAAUGGAGCAAGGUCCAAUAGGGCAACAAUGCAUGGGUUUUGGAAAGCAACAGGGAAGGUCCGUGUCAUCUCACGUGGGGAUCAUGCUGUUGGUUUAAAGAGGACUCUGGUAUUCUAUAGAGGCCAUGCGCCUAAAGGAGAGCGCACCGACUGGGUGAUGCAUGAAUACACCAUGACUGAAGAAGAGCUGAAAAGAUGCCAGGCUGCUAUGGAGUACUAUGUGCUGUACAAGGUCUACAAAAAAAGUGGGCUUGGUCCCAAAAAUGGCGAGCAAUAUGGCGCACCGUUUAGGGAGGAGGACUGGGCUGAUGACAAAGUUGAAGUACCAUCUGCAAUUGAGAAGGAAAUUCUACAAAAGCCAGUGAACGAGAUCACACCUAUCAAUAGUAGUAAAGUAGUUGAUUUUCAAGGCCUAUCCUCAUUUGAUUAUCUCGAGGAAGUCAUGAACCAAAUUGUAGAUGAGCCCCUCCCUGUUCAGCCACCAGUCGUUGAUCAUCAGUAUAAUCUGGAGCAGUUUGCCAGUGAGGACAUUUCUUUCGCAGCUCCCCAGCCAUUUGUUCAGCAACCUAUUGUAGAUAAUAGUUUUCACCUCACACAGUCGGGUGCAUCUCAGUUCCUGACUACCGAUGCACCGGAGGCCUCUUCUGCCCCAGUUGCUAAUGUGCCAAAUUCUCAAUUCAUUGAUGAGUCCUUUCUCGGAGAUUUUCUUGAAUUGAAUGAUUUGGGCCCAGAUACAACUGCACAUAACCCUAGUGAACUUGUUAAUGAUUCGGAUAAUCUUUCAAUUGAUGAUUUUGACUGUCUGCUCGAGCUCGAACUGUUGCAAGAUGUACCCCUGUUCCUUUGUUAUGAGGGGUCUGUUGAGUUGGGACAGACAUCUCAACCAGACAUGAAUAAUAACUUUGGAAAUGGAGCAAUUGAUCCAAUCUCAAGCUCUUGUGUGAACAACGUCGAGAACACUACAAGCUGCAUGCUGCAGCAACAAUUUAACAAUCACGAUGGAAUCAGCUAUCAGAUGAGCGCUGACGACCAAAGUUGCAGUGUUGUAACCGAGGCGCACACAAAUCAGGGAUUCGCUCCUCCGUCGACUUCAGGUGUUUUACAUCAAAAUCCAAAUUAUGGUUCCGUAAAUCAUUCUGCGGGAGCAGAUCAAAAUGGAAGAGGCAAACAGGAUGAUGGUGGUACAGACUCAUUGUUCUCCUCUGCUCUCUGGUCCUUUGUGGAGUCUAUACCAACAAGUCCUGCUUCAGCUUCUGAAUGUGCUUUGGUAAAUAAGGCCUUCGAACGCAUGUCUAGCUUCAGUAAAGUAAGAAUGAAUGGCAGGAACUUAAAUGUAGCUGCAGGUAAUGCCAUGGCAAAAUCUGGCAAAUCUAGAACUGGUCCUGUCUUUCUGUCUUUGUUAGGAUUGAUGUGUGCUAUCCUAUGGAUGGUGAUUAUAACCUAACUGAUUGAUGGAUAACACUAUUAUGUGUAUAUGUUACUAAUAGGGAGUUUUUAGUCCGGUGCCUUGCCGGAUCAUCAUUGGAAAUAUGAAGGCAGUUUUGAGUUCCAA